CCCAAUCAGUAAUUCAUUGGAAAACAACAUGCAAGCAACAAUCAAAGCUUUCAAUAUUUUGGCCAUCGCCUUGAUGGCCCACCAGACCGCGGCGGGAACUAUUAGCUUCGGCACCCUUAUGGGGGACGUGUCAAAGGUGGCUGUGAUUGGAGAAAAAGCUUGGAAUCAGUUGGCAAAUACUAUCGGAGCCUCUCAGCCCAAGCUUGUUCAAUCGGAAACCCUGAACAUCCUUAGUGAUAUGGCCACUGGUUUAGGAAAUCUGGCUAAUGCCAUCACCAGCCUGAACGUCGAGACUGAUUAUGUCCAACCCGAAGUCUCAAAUCUUCUCGGGGAGGUUUUGGGUAGCAUUGGCACUGGCUUGGGUGAUUUGGCUAAUGCCAUCACCAGUCUCAGUGUGCAAGUGAAGGCCGGACCACAGGCUCGUAGUAUCUCUUCUGAUGGGGUUUCGAUCAUAGCCGAAGGAGGAGCUGUGAGUGCCAAGACAAUCGCUACUGCUGCCGAUGCUGCUGCGCCUUAUAUCAAGAAGUUGAACGAGAGUCUGGGCGAUCUGGCUAACGCUCUCACCAAUCUCUGAAGAAGCAGGCGGUAGAGGCAUAGGCUGAGGAAAAACUUUGAAGCACUGCAAUUAACAAAUAAAUAUACAAUCUUUUGGGCA